UGAUUCCGUGGAGGUAGCGGCGGCGGCUGGGAGUGAGGCGUCCCCGUCACGCGGCCGCAUCAACAGAGGCGGAAGAGGGGGCCGCCAGGCGGGGCGGGGAGGGGGCGCCCUCGGGGCAGAAGAGGCGCAGAGAGGCGCGAGGCGGCCAGGGUGUAACAGGGUCUCCUCCUUUGCCACCCAAAGCCACGCGGCCUGGGCCGGGCACCAUGGACCUUCACCAUUUUGUGACCGGCCACUACCAAGUGCUUCGCGAUGAAGAGAAUGACCGGGAAUCCCCCUCUGUGGAGCAGCCCUCCACGUCCACGCAGAUCCCACCCCCGACUGCCCCUCCGACGACCACGACUUCGCCUCCUGCCCCUGGACUGGCAUUCCCGGAAUGGAGCCCUUCCCCUCCACCCUACGGCCUUAUCCCUGCCGAGGCCGAGGCCACCACGGAACCCGAACACCCCUGUGAGCCCUUCCCGGUGCCGCCCCCGUACAGUGUGGCCACGUCCCUUCCCACCUACGAGGAAGCGGAGAGAGCCAAAGCCGCGGCUGUGGCCGCCAGCGCAGUCCCCUCAGGGGAGCCCACCCAGGCAGAGGACGACAUCUUUUCGGGGGAUGACUCCAUCAGCUCAGACGCUGACCAGCUACGGGUGGGCAGCGAUGGCAUCUUCUUGGUGGCCUUUUUCAUGGCCUUCCUCUUCAACUGGGUUGGGUUUUGCUUGUCCUUCUGUAUCACCAGUUCUGUAGCGGGGAGGUACGGUGCCGUCUGUGGAUUCGGCCUUUCCUUGACCAAGUGGAUCCUCAUCAUCCGCUUCUCCGACUACUUCACCGGGUACUUCAAUGGACAGUACUGGCUUUGGUGGAUAUUUCUUUUGAUUGGCAUCCUGCUUUUCUUCAGAGGAUUUUACAGUUACCUUAAAGUCAGGAAGACUUCCGAAAGGUUGGACACUGCCUCUAGAACAAGAUGUAUCUACUCGGAUUAAGAGAUGCACUUGGGCCAGUCAUCUGUUUCCUCUACCACUGAAAUCUCCAGAUGAACUGUAAUUCUCCAACUUAAUGGGAUGGAAGACUGCUACUAAUAGAAGAUGGAAGAAAUAGAGGCUUCAAAAUAAAUGACAGGGUGGUUUAUGCUUAAAUUUCAGUUAUGUUAAUUGUCUUAAACAUACAUGUUUUCGUUUUUGCUUUGUUUGGCAUAUUUGCUUAGUUAAAAGGGAGACCUGACAUUAAAUACCAUGAUAUAAAUGAUGGAUGAAAAAUUCAACAAGGCUUUUUGUUAAUAAGUCUUUCAGUUAUACUAAAAUGAAUGUUAAUGCCCUUAUGAUAUGUAUAACCAGAUAAUCUUAUAAAGGAAUGGUAAUCAUAUCUACAUAUAAAAUAAUUAUUAAUGCAGAACUUGUCGAAUUUUUUUUUCUAAAUUCUAAAUUUCUAAAUCAGAUGAACUCAGAUUAGUUAGGUCAACUAAUAUGCUCACUUUAAUGGACUCUAAUAUGGUGAUCACUAUGUGUGUUGAAAAAAAUUGUUCAAAGAAACUUGCAAUAUUAAUUAAGAGAAGUUUUUUUUUUUUAAUUCGUCCUGGGUGUUGUCAUACUCCAAAAUUACUUUCAUUCAUAAUUUCUUUAUUUUCCAAAGAAUUUUGUCCAAGUAGUUCUAUUUCAGCUUGAAUUCACGUUACUCUUGAGAAAAGCCAUACAGAUAUAUUUACAUCGCUGACAACUGAGGUAUUUAAAGAUUGUUUUGGGCAAAUUUUAUGAGAGAGUAAGGGUACUAUCAAAUGGCCUUUUGAAGAAAAUCUCUUUUGUUAAACUGUUACCUAAAAGAGGAAUUUGGGUUCAAACUUGGCCCGUCUUAUUUGAAAUAAAGGGUUUUUAAUAUAUUAAAUAUCCG